AUGGCGGAUCCGAGUUCUAAGUAUAAAAAGAAGCACACUCUCUCACCCAUGAAUCAAUCGUUACUAAAUAAUGACCAUUAUACUCACUCCGUUUAAAACGAUGACAACUAUAAUCAGUUUGAAGAAGAUAACGAUACCGAGUACCUACUAAAAGACCAUUAGAGAAAAAUGAUUAGAAAUCAAAAGACGGUGGUAUACUCCAAGAAUGAUUCUACCAAUUUGUUUUAAACAUAGACAAUUUUAUCUCGGGGAGAUUCUGAAAAAGAGAUACUAGACCAGGAGUAGUCCUAUGUGUUGAUAACAAGAGAACUAAUAAGUAUGGGAUUUCCGUAUGAAUAAGUGUAGAAACUGCUGUCAGUGCAUAAAAUUAAUAAUAUCAAUAUCGCUGUUUGGUAUCUAACUAAAGAUGAAAAGGGCAGAUAUAGACAUUAUUUUACUCCUCAUCAAGAUAAUCAAGAAAUUUGCUUUAUUUGCCAGGAGUCUAUAAGUUCCCACUUUGAUAAAAAUCCCAAUCCUUAAUUUAGAAAAUUAAGCUAUGCCUAAUUAGCCUCACAAGGAUUACUUUAAAAUGAGGAUUAGAAAUAAGAUCAUUAAGAGUAAGAUAAUUUUGAAGAUCAGUAGACUUUCAAAUCUAAAACUGAUAACGUCUCCAUUAAUCAUCAGUCUUCAAGUCUAGACAAUGCGAAUUAGAAGUCAUAUCAACCACUUCAUACUGAGCAAUCAGAAAUGUUUUGUACUAUUUGCUAUUGUGACCUGGUACAAUCAGAAUUCAUUUAAAUCAAUGGAUGCCAACAUUAGUUUUGCAAGGAUUGUGUGAUCGGUUAUUUGGAUAAUUUGAUAUCAACAAGACAAAUCUUUAAAUUAAUCUGUCCAUAGCAUGGCUGUGGAAAUCCAAUAAAAUUCAGUCUCAUUGAAAGUAUUCUCAAUGAGGAAUAGCUAUAGAAGUAUAAGGAAUUUAAAUAAGAUCUAGAGAUUAUGAAAGAUAAAAAUAUGGGAUACUGCCCGAAUCACCUCUGCAAUCAAGUUACUAAGCAUGAUAAAACUAAAAUGAAAUCAAAUAUUUGUGAACAUUGCAGGUACAUUUUUUGUGGCAAAUGCUAAAUUAAAUGGUCAAGACACAUUGAUAAGAAGUGUGAGGAUCUUCUAGAAGAAGAGCUUGGUGAUUGGUUCAAGAAUACUGACUUCUAAAAUUGUCCUAAAUGUAGAGUGAGAGUUGAAAAGGUUUCUGGCUGCAAUCAUAUGACUUGUGCUCAAUGCUCAUUUAAAUGGUGUUGGAUUUGUGGUGCUUCAGCUGGAUAUGGACACUUCUUACCAUUUAAUCCCUUUGGAUGUCCUGAUUCCCCGUCUAGAAGGGCUUCAUUAUUGUGCAUUAUGAUACUUAACUUUUUAUUCCUGCCUCUUGUAAUGCUUGUCCUUACUUUGUUUUUCAUUGGUAUCGGAGGAUUCUACACUUAAUUCAGUAUCAAUAAGACCUGCUGUAGUAUAACGAAGUACUCUUUUAGAUCAACAAAUUGUUUCUUUAAAUUAUUGAUUGUUCUUUUCAAUGUUGUGGAAGCAACCUUGACUAUAUCAAUAAUAGUUGUUAUUUCAGUAUUCCUAUUAGCAAUAUCUAUAGUGCCAGCAUAUGUGUUCUAAUUCUAUAAAAUCAUUAAAAUCAUCAGCUUGUGGAUAUUUAAAACUAAUGAUCGAAAAAACUUGGAUAUCUCAAAAAAAUAGCAUAAUCAAAAUGAUGAUGAAAAUUCUCUCUACGAAUAAGAAGUCUGA